AUGAGACACGCCGGCUCGGGGGGCAGUAAAUCUUCGGAGCAUGUGGAUUUCCGUUGUCAUGCUUCGUUGCGUCCUCGCCCUGCGGACCAGCAGAGACAGACUCUUCUUGUUUCAUGCGUCUCUGUGGUGCCCAUUCCUACUUCCUACUUCGUGCAGAUAGCAGGUACCCUUUGCGGCGCUCGGCGUAUCGGGGGUUUUCUUUCGCAUCUCUCAGAAGUCAUUCACACACGACGGCGGCGAACCUUGACCGAGGAAUCCAUCGCCUUUGUCAGCUGCAACACGGCUUUAGUGCCGAUAGCUUCUGCUUCUAGCAAUCAAGUUACCAGUGAUUAA